ACGUACGAGCAUUCAAGCCGCAGCACAUACCAUGGCAUAUUCGUCCCCGCGCCAUUCACAGCAAUUCUAUCAAUACGACGCAUCGACACCACCGCCCCCGCCACCUAAACCAGGACGUGCGAGUGGAACAGCAACGCCAUCUCAGGGCCCUCCACUGCCGCCCCCACCAGGCCAGGCAUCGUCAUUUGGGGACCCGCAGCAGCACUCGCAGACACAGUAUCAACAACAUGGACACCAAGUGCUCGACCAAGUAGCAGUACCAGGACCAGAGGACGGCUGGCUGCCGGAUGUGCUCAAGGACAAGUCGACCAAGGAUCUGCAUCAUGUGCUGCAGACACCAGAACUACAGCAUGCGAUAAUUCAUAAUCCCGAAACAAGACAUGGCUCACUACCUGCAUCCACGGCACCUUUGCAAACAUUGCUAGCACAGAACAUAGGACUUGCUGAAUCACUCAAGCAGCUUGAAGCACACGUGCGGCACCAGCGCGAUGACGUACAGUCACGUCUGCUAGCGAUGCGUGCUCUGGAGCGCCAGUGGAGAGCAAAGCAGAGCGAGCAAGACGAAGCACUGCGGGAGUUCAGCCCACCUGCACUAUAUCAACGAUUGAGUGCAGCAGUAGGCGAGCAAGAAGCCCUGUGCCGAGGACUCGAGGAGAGUUUCCUCGAUGGCGAAGGGUUUGGCGGCGGAGACGCCGUAGCCAGUGACCGCGAAGUAACAGACUUUGUGCGCCGACUGAGAGAAGGGCGUAAGAUUGCCUAUCUCCGUGCGGAGCGAAAGGAGCGCUGGGAUGAAGGCCGGGUUGGAGGAUGGCGAUGAAGGAAGGGGUUGUGGUUUCUCGGCAUGAAGCGCGGCGGCGGGGCUCUUCGUAUCGGAGCAUUAAGCAUGUGGUUAGUUGUGUAUGAAGUGAGAUGGGUGGCCCCCAGUGUCAAAUAAGGGUCACGGGCAAGGGCGGUUGGAGGAGGGGAUGAAAAUAGCAGUGGGGAAGGGGAGAGGGGAGAGGGGUAUUUGCAUAAUGGCAGCAUGAGAGUUAUGCAGGUCAGGGUCAAAGGUCCAUUGUCGUGUGAGUGCGUGUGUGCGUGUGUGCGGGAGUCCGUGUGAGAAAUGCG